GCAUUGCAUCAAUCCAGCACUGAUGUGGCUGUGGUGUUUCCUUAGAUUUUAUGUCUUCCCACAUUGCCACCUAAGCCAUUUUGCAAUAUCCCCUUGAAUUUAUUUUUCAAUAUUUCACGAAUAUUUAUUUGUGAAUAAACAAACACAGCAUUGUUGGGGCCAAUUUGAACUGAAACAGAGCGCCCAUUAAUAUAUGCUGCUCUGAGUCAGGUGAGCCACCUUCAAGUUCUAUCUCCUUUAAAUCAAGAAAAAAGACUCUGUGUUCGUGUGUGUUGCCCUUUUUGGUUGGUGUGGAUGUAGCUAGGUUUCUCCGACAUCUUCUGACUGCCACUAAUAUUGAUCGAACCCUUAAGAAGAUACAUAGUUCAUCAUGUCAAAAUCAUUAGAUUACGAGAAUUUGAAUGAAAAUGUCAAGAAAUGCCAGUAUGCUGUCCGAGGGGAGCUGUAUCUUCGAGCUUCUGAGCUUCAAAAGGAAGGGAAGAAGAUCAUCUUCACCAAUGUUGGAAACCCGCAUGCUCUUGGACAGAAACCUCUGACCUUUCCUCGCCAGGUUGUUGCUCUCUGCCAAGCUCCAUUUUUGCUUGAUGAUCCUAAUGUCGGACUUUUGUUUCCGGCUGAUGCCAUUACAAAAGCAAAACACUAUUUAUCCCUUACUUCUGGGGGUCUAGGUGCUUACAGUGAUUCUCGCGGCCUUCCUGGAGUAAGGAAGGAAGUUGCGGAGUUCAUUGAGAGACGUGAUGGAUAUCCAAGUGACCCAGAACUCAUAUUUCUAACAGAUGGUGCUAGCAAAGGAGUGAUGCAGAUCUUGCAAUCUAUCAUACGCGGUGCACAUGAUGGGAUACUUGUUCCUGUGCCACAAUAUCCACUGUACUCCGCUACAAUAUCUUUGCUUGGCGGAUCUCUUGUUCCUUAUUAUCUUGAGGAGACUGCAAAUUGGGGGCUUGAUAUUGGUAGCCUUCGUCAAUCAGUUGCUCAGGCUCGUUCUCAAGGAAUCACCGUACGGGCCAUGGUGAUCAUAAACCCAGGAAACCCUACAGGCCAGUGCCUCAGCGAAGCAAAUCUUAAGGAAAUACUGAACUUCUGUUACCAAAACAAUGUGGUGUUGCUUGGUGAUGAAGUUUAUCAGCAAAACAUAUACCAAGACGAGCGUCCCUUCAUAAGUUCGCGAAAGGUUCUGAUGGACAUGGGGCCACCCAUUAGCAAGGCUGUUGAGCUUGUUUCGUUCCACACCGUCUCUAAAGGCUACUGGGGAGAAUGUGGGCAACGUGGUGGCUACUUUGAGAUGACCAACAUUUCUCCAAAGACAGUGGAAGAAAUCUACAAGGUUGCUUCGAUAUCACUCAGUCCCAACGUUCCUGCACAGAUAUUCAUGGGCCUUAUGAUGAACCCUCCUAAACCUGGGGAUAUAUCAUAUGAUCAAUUCAAUAGAGAGAGCAAAGGAAUUCUGGAGUCGCUGAGGAAGAGAGCGCAUAUAAUGACUGACGGGUUCAACAGCUGUAGAAACGUAGUCUGUAACUUCACUGAAGGUGCCAUGUAUUCUUUCCCACAAAUACGGCUGCCACCAAAGGCCAUCGAGGCUGCCAAGAGUGCGGGAAAAGUGCCUGAUGUUUUCUACUGUCUUAAGCUCCUAGAAGCCACAGGCAUCUCCACCGUCCCAGGUUCUGGCUUCGGGCAAAAGGAAGGGGUUUUCCAUCUGCGAACCACCAUCUUGCCUGCGGAGGAGGACAUGCCCGUGAUCAUGGACAGUUUCAAGAAAUUCAACGACAAAUUCAUGGAGCAGUACGAGGACUACCGAGGGUACUCGAGAAUGUGAGAGGAGAAGUGGUGAAGCAGAAGAAGGCAUCUGCUGCUGUAUAUUGUUGGGAUUUUUAUGUAACAUGUUGCAAGAAUUUCAUUACAAACUACUGUUGAUUUUAUAUACUCUCUUUUGUAUCUAAAUGUGACUUAUCACAACCUCUGUGACUGUUUAAAUGAUCAUCAUAUACUAGAGGAUUGUUAUUACC